UCCCUGCUUCUUCCAGCGAUGACUUGCAUAGUCCUUCUAUUAACAGCCUUGGCCUUAUGUAAUGGGUUCAACCUGGACACUGAAAAUGCAGUGAUCUUCCAAGAGAAUGCCAAGGGCUUUGGGCAGAGCUUGGUCCAGUUCCAGGGAUCCAGGUUGGUGGUGGGAGCCCCCCUAGAGAUAACUGCUGCCAACCAAAGAGGUGGCCUCUAUCAGUGUGACUAUAGCACGGGCACAUGUGCUCCAAUUCACUUUCAGGUGCCCCCAGAGGCUGUGAACAUGUCCUUGGGUCUGUCCCUGGCAGCUUCUACCAAUCCUUUUCAGCUGUUGGCCUGUGGCCCCACCGUGCACCAAGUCUGCAAGGAGAACACCUACGUGAAUGGCUUCUGCUUUCUGUUUGGAUCCUCUUUAUCACAGAAUCCUCAGAGAUACCCACAGGUUCUAAGAGAGUGCCCUCAACAGGAGAGUGACAUAGCCUUCCUGAUUGAUGGCUCUGGUAGCAUCAAAACAAGCGACUUUCAGCAGAUGAAGGAGUUUGUCUCAACUGUAAUGGUUCAACUUAAAAAGUCCAAUACCUUGUUCUCUUUGAUGCAGUAUUCUGAAAAAUUCAAGACUCAUUUCACCUUUGAAAAAUUCAGGGAUAAUCCUGAUCCCGUAUCACUGGUGAGGCCAAUAAGACAACUGUUUGGAUGGACACACACAGCCACAGGGAUCCGCAAAGUGGUAAGAGAACUAUUUCAUAGCAGCAGUGGAGCCCGGGAGAAAGCCAUUAAGAUCUUAGUUGUCAUCACAGAUGGAGAAAAAUACAAAGAUCCCUUGGAGUAUAGGGAUGUCAUUCCUGAGGCAGACAGUCAGAAGAUCAUACGCUACGUCAUUGGGGUUGGCGAUGCUUUCAACAGUGAUAGUUCCCGUGAAGAGCUUAAUACUAUUGCCUCCAAGCCUGCUCGUGAUCAUGUGUUUCGGGUGAACAACUUUGAGGCUCUGAAGACUAUUCAGAACCAGCUUCAGGAAAAAAUCUUUGCAAUAGAGGGCACUCAGACAGGAACCACCAGCUCCUUUGAGUUUGAGAUGUCCCAGGAAGGCUUCAGUGCUGCCAUCACCUCUACUGGUCCCUUGCUGGCUGCUGUGGGGAGCUUUGACUGGGCUGGUGGAGCCUUUCUGUACACGUCAAAAGAUACAGCCAACUUCAUCAACACAACCAGGAUAGACUCAGACAUGAAUGAUGCUUACUUGGGUUACGCUGCUGAAGUUAUCUUGCGGAACCAGGUGCAAAGCCUGAUUCUGGGGGCACCCAGAUAUCAGCAUAUUGGCCUGGUGGUGAUGUUCAGAAAGGAUGCUGGUACCUGGCAGACCCACUCUUCAAUCGAAGGCAAACAGGUCGGCUCCUACUUUGGGGCCUCCCUCUGCUCUGUGGAUGUGAACAGAGAUGGCAGCAGCGACCUGGUCCUCAUCGGGGCCCCCCACUACUAUGAGCAGACCCGAGGGGGGCAGGUGUCUGUGUGCCCCUUGCCCCGGGGGAGGGCUAGGUGGCAGUGUGAGGAAAUUCUCCGAGGGGUGCAGGGCCACCCCUGGAGCCGUUUUGGUGCAGCUCUGACAGUGCUGGGGGACGUGAAUGGGGACAAAUUGAUGGAUGUGGCCAUUGGGGCCCCAGGAGAAGAGGAGAACCAGGGUGCUGUCUAUGUAUUUCAUGGAACCACGAACCUAAACAUAAACCCCACCUACAGUCAGCGAAUCACAGGCUCUGACUUCUCUCCAAAACUCCAGUAUUUUGGGCAAUCACUAAGUGGGGGCCAGGACCUCACAAUGGAUGGACUGAUGGAUCUGUCUGCUGGGGCUCAGGGAUACGCACUGCUGCUCAGGUCCCAACCAGUUGUGAGAGUCCAAGUAACCAUGGAGUUCACACCUAGGGAAGUGGUAAGGAAAGCAUUUGAGUGUGGUGAACAAGAAGUGAGAGACCAGAUUGCUGGGGAGGCCAGAGUCUGCCUCCAAGUCCGGAAGAAAACACAGGACAGACUGGGAGGCAACCUCCAGAGCAUCCUCGUCUAUGACUUGGCUCUGGACCCCAGUCGCCCGUUUCCCAGGGCUGUCUUUGAGAAGACGAAGAACAACACGUACCGACAGACGCAGACCUUGGGGCUGAAUCAGAAGUGUGAAACGCUGAGGCUACAGUUGCCGAAUUGUGUGGAAGACUCGGUGACCCCUAUUGCCCUGCGCCUCAACUUUUCCCUGACGGGGAAGCCCUUGACUUCCUUUGGGAACGUCCGGACAGUGCUGGCUCUGGAUGCCCAGAGACUCUUCAUAGCCUUGUUUCCCUUUGAGAAGAAUUGUGGCAAUGACAGCAUCUGCCAGGAUGACCUCAGUAUCACCUUCAGUUUCAGGGACCUGACUGCUCUGGUAGUAGGUGGCUCCCGGGACAUCAACGUGACGGUGACUGUGAGAAACGACGGUGAAGAUUCCUACAGGACUCAGGUCACCUUCUUCUACCCACCUGGAUUGUCCUAUCGGAUGGUGUCAGGAGCCCAGAAUCCACGCUCACUGCGAUCCUGGCGCCUGACCUGUGAGUCUGGUGUCUCCGCUGAGGAGUCCGAGGCCUGGAAGAGCAGCAGUUGCAUCAUCAACAACCCCAUCUUCCCGGACAACUCAGAGGUCAUCUUUAACAUUACAUUUGAUGUGGACUCUGAUGCUUCCCUCGGAAAAAGACUUCUUCUUAAGGCCAACGUGACCAGUGAAAACAACAUGCCCAGGACCAACAAAACGGAAUUCCAGCUGGCACUGCCUGUGAAAUAUGCCGUCUACCUGGUGGUCACCAGCCACGAAGCCUCCACUAAAUAUUUCAACUUUACCGCUUCAGAGAUAACAAGCGAGUUCAUAACGCAUCGAUACCAGUUCAACAAUCUGGGCCAUCGGAGCCUCCCCGUCAGUGUUAUCUUCUGGGUCCCUGUUGAGCUGGACCAGGAAACUGUGUGGGAAAACCUCCAGGUCACCUUCUCCCCGGACAUCGGCAGGAAGUGCUACACUAAGCAGAGUGCCCCGCCUCACUCUGACUUUUUGGCAGCGCUUAAAAAGACCCCAGUGCUGAACUGCUCCAUUGCUGUCUGCCGCAGAAUCCAGUGUGACAUCCAGUCCUUCGGCGUCCAGGAAGAAUUUACCGUCACUCUCAAUGGCAGCCUCUUGUUUGACUGGUAUAUCAAGACUUCGCACGGCUACCUACAGCUUGUGAGCACGGCGGAGAUUUCCUUUGAUGAAUCCUCCUUUGCCCUGCAUGCAGGACAGGAAGCAUUUGUGAAGACCCAGAUACAGACCAAAGUAGAGCCGUACGAAGUGCACGACCCUGUUCCACUUAUCGUGGGCAGCUCAGUGGGGGGUCUGGUGCUCCUGGCCCUCAUCACUGCUGGACUGUACAAGCUCGGCUUCUUCAAGAGACAGUACAAGGACAUGAUGAAUGAAGCUGGCCCCGAAGCUGCCCCACCUCAGUAAGGGCAGCACGCCGGAUUUUAGUUAGGAGCCUGCAGGCCUGCGAGCGCUGGAUGGACGUGAACAUUAGAAGACUGAGGAGGUGGCAUCUCUCUCAGAAAAGACCUGCGAGACCUGCUUGGGGCUUCAUGGGUGUGUGGUGUGUGGUGUGUGUGUGUGUGUGUGUGUGUGUGUGUGUGUGUGUGUGUGUGUGUGUAUUAUCUCUGGCACAGUUACAAGUGCCUGCACCAAACGUCUCAGGCAGAGGGGACUUACUGGCACUUCCUUGAGUUGGGGUGAAGGUGCCUUUGGCCGUUUCUCCCACUCUUGACAGAAGCUGUCAGUAGAAACAGCUCCUCUUCCUGACGAAGAAGGCGAGAGCUCCCUCUGUGGGCGAGUGAGUGGAGCUGCAGGAGUCUCUGCGGCUGAACAGAGCCUGCGUGGAGCAGCAGCUAGAACCAGGAGCUGGGCAGCUGGCGAAACCCUGACCAGACCAUUCCGCGCUAUAGCGUUCUUUUUUUUUUUCUCUCUUUUUGGGUCACACCCGGCGAUACACAGGGGUUACUCCUGGCUCUGCACUCAGGAAUCACUCCUGGCGGUGCUCAGGGGACCCUCUGGGAUGCUGGGAAUUGAACCUGGGUCAGCCGUGUGCAAGGCAAAUGCCCUACCCGCUGUGCUAUCGCUCCAGCCCCAGCAUUCUUCUUCUUCUUCUUUUUAUUUUUUAUUUUAUUAUUUUUUUAAAAUUUAUUUUAUUGAGUCACCAAGUGGAAAGUUACAAAGUUCUCAGGCUUAUAUCUCAGUUAUACAAUGCUCAAACACCCAUCCCUUCACCAGUGCCCAUAUUCCACCACCAAUAAAAACAAAAAAAAACCAAAAACAAAAACAAACAAACAAAAAAACAGUAUACAUCCCACACCUCACCCCCCAACCCCCCACCCCGUGCGUGAGUGAUAAUUUCACUUCCUUUUCUCUUUACCUUGAUUACAUUCCAGAUUUCAACACACAACUCACUAUUGUUGUUAGAGUUUCAAAACAGACUCACUAUUUUUGUUGGAAUUUAUCCCCCAAGAAUACAGCUCUAUUAACAAGGAAAUAUUUGAUAAUAAGUUUUCACUGAUGAGAAUGAAGAGAUAAAAUGUCGCGCUGCCGCAGUAGCGGCCGCACAGUUUACAAUUUCUGUAUUAUAGUAAUUAAGUCCGCGGAGAUUUAAGUUGGAAAAUGAAUCAUUUCCCUUCCUGGAACAGCAUGUAGCAAAAGCUUAGUUCACAGUCUCCAUACAUGGGUGCAAGCACUCGCUGAAACCCCAAAUCCUAAAGCUGUCUCUGGUUCCCGCUCGUUCCACAUCCACCGGCUGUGCAGAGGCAUGGCCACCCGGGCCGAAACUCGGCCGGAGCCGAGCACCGGCCCCGGCUCUCUUCUUCUUUUUUUAAUGAAAAAAUAGGUUCAUAGUAUAAAAAUAAAAAACAUGUUGGGGUGUGGCGAACCCUCCCUUCCAUUCCACCCCCAUGAAUCUCUGGGUCCUUCUCAAAGGGCAGUCGGGCAAGGCUGUGUGUCUUUGUUGUCUCCUUCACAGUCUAGGCCCGUGCAAACACACACACACACAUCCCUGUUUAGCCAAGUGGUAAUAUUUACUAUUUAUGCAUUUAUGCUGUGAUACCUCUUUCUUUCCUCAUCAAGUGCAGAAAUUGCCUCACAUGAACACAUUAGUACUUUUCAUUUCUUUCUUUCUUUUCUUUUCUUUUUUUUUUUUUUUUGCUUUUUGGGUCACACCCGGCGAUGCACAGGGGUUACUCCUGGCUCUGCAAUCAGGAAUCACUCCUGGCAGUGCUCAGGGGACCAUAUGGGAUGCUGGGAUUUGAACCCGGGUCGGCCGCGUGCAAGGCAAAUGCCCUCCCCGCUGUGCUAUCACUCCAGCCCCUACUUUUCACUUCUUAAUACUGCGUCAUAAUGUUAUGUCUCAUUUUACUAUACUCCUCACAACUUUUGGCUAUUAAAAUGGCA